ACUGGGAGGCCAACGAGAUGGUUCUUGGCGCUUACUCGAACUCCGUGCGAGCCACGCUGCCCGACACCUCCGUCCGCCUCUACACCUGGAUGUCCGUCUGCCUCGGCCUCGACUUCGCGACCAACACCUUCGCCGGCGUCAUCGAUAGGGUGGCUACCUUCGGGAACCUGACGGAGGCCGAGAACGGGAAGAAACGCCACGUCCCCGGCGGAGGCACGCUCGUCAUCGCCCAAGAGCAGGACAAGGAAGGAGGCCUGUUCUCCAUCGGCCAGAUGUUCUCGGGGGACAUGGCCCAAAUGAGGAUGUUCGCCAGGGUUCUCAGCGAGGAGGAGAUGCUGAGUUACGUGAACUGCGACGAGACUCCUGAGGGCGACGUUCUCUUGGCCUCCUUCGAAAAUCUAGACGAGUGGGACAUUCUGGGCGAUGUGGAGGUGAAACUGGUGCCGGACGAAGUCUUGUGCGAGAAGAAAAAAAGGGAAUUCAUUGUACUUCCAGAGCAGAGGACAUUCUCCGAAGCCCAAAAGAUGUGUGAGAAGCUGAGUCUGCCUAUGGCUCUUCCGGAGAGCGAAGAGGAGAACAAUGACCUGUUCAAGCUAGCUGUCGACGUGGAGUCGCUGUGCCUGUCCUCAUACAGCACCAACGUCUGGAUCGGAGCUCAGGGAAACCUGGAAGCCGACGAAUGGCAGAACUUGAGGGAUGGGGCAAAGCUGACGUACGACAACCUUGACAAGCGUUACACUUACAUCACAGAGGCAAGUCGCUGCAUCUCUCAGGGCGGCUCCUUCUACCCGGGGAUCUGGUACUCCACUUUCUGUUCAAGGUUCAAGCCGUGCACAGCCUGCGAGAACGCCCCGAAAAGCUCCAUCAGAAUCAGAGGUCUCUGCAGGGACUCCCGCCUGGACAGGGAAAUACACGUCCAGGGCCUGAAGAACCAAAAGCCGAUGUUCCAGGGGACGUUCUACGCUAAUGUAUUCUGGGACAACUCCACCUGGGUGAUGACGAGCCGCCGGUAUCCCGACAUCAGGGCGCACAUGAAAAUUGCCUUCAUCGAUGACUAUCCCGUGGGCCUGCAGCGGUGGGAGGUGGACGGCGACGUCUGCCCAGACACCGAGAUGGAUCUCAUGAUGACGGUGUGCGGCGACGGGAGUUUCACCUGCAACGACGGCACCUGUGUCAAGAUCAGCCAGCGCUGCGACCUACAAGUGAACUGCGACGACAAGAGCGACGAGCACGAGUGCGACCGCGUGUACCUCGGCCUCGACUACGCGAAGCACAUCCCUCCGCCGCCGGCCAAGGGUGAAGAUCAUCUCAACAUCACCUUCGAUCUCACCAUCACCGCCGUCCGCACGCUGAGCCUCCUGGAGCAGAAGCUUGCUCUGGACGUCAUCAUCGUCCUGCAGUGGGUAGACUCCAGACUCCAGUACUUUAACCUUCAGGAGCAGCAGAGUAGGAACCUGGUGCAGGACAGGACUCAGAUGUGGCAGCCUCGCUUGGUCAUCACGGACGACACGGGCAGUCAGGUGGACUUCAACGAGCGCCGGGCUGCUCUGGUCGUCGUCAAGGAAUCUGAACCUCUUCCGGACGACGACACCAGAGUCAAAGAAGCCGCAAUAUAUCUCGGGAAGGACAACCGCCUCUCCCUACGUCAGGAGGUUACGAUCUCUCACCAGUGCCAGUUCGACCUGAGACGAUUCCCCUUUGACGAACAGCAAUGCGCUUUGACGUUCCAGAUGGGAGAAAUGGAGUCCCUCCUAGUCAAGCUGAGAAGAGGGGAGGAGGGCGUAGUGUACAAAGGCCCAAAGCAACUGCCAGAAUACAAGGUGAGCCAGGUGGUGAUGCAGGCCAUCUCGCGCAACGACACGGAGGGCCAGCUGGUGACCAUGACGCUGACCAACCUGUACCGCUACUACCUCGGCAACGCCUACGUCCCUUCGCUCCUCCUCGUGAUCAUCUGCUACUCCACCUUCUACUUCCGCGUGGAGGAGUUCGGCGACAGGAUCAUGGUGAGCAUCACGGCCAUGCUCGUGCUCGUGGCCCUCUUCUCCCAGACGUCGUCCACGAUCCCGAGGACGACCUACCUUAAGUACAUCGACGUGUGGUACAUGUUCUACAUCGUCCUCGACUUCAUCAUGAUCAUCCUGCUGGUGGUCAUCAACUAUGUGCGGUGGAACGUGAGCGAGAGCAGCCUGGCGGCGGCGACGACGGUGGUGGCGCCGAUGGUGGAUUCGCUGAUGAUGAAGAACCAGAGGGGCAGCUUGAAAGGGGGUCGGAGCCUCCCGCAGCUGCUGAACCUCGGCUGCUGCGUCCUCAUGCCCCUGAUUAACUCCGUCUUCACCUUCUGCUACGUGAUCAUAAGCAUUGGCUAUUGAGGGUGACGCGCGCGCGUCGGAAUAAUGACUGAAGGUGAAAGGCACUUGU